CGCAGCCCCGCGGCGGCACGGCGCGUCCCGGCCGAGCAUGGAGCAGUAGCGGCUCGGCGCCUCGCCGCUGCGGUACCGCCGGCCAUGGGUGCGGAGCGCAGGGGGGAGGCGGCGGCGCCCCGCGGUGGCUGCGCCUGCGGCGGCGGCGGCGGCGGCGGCAGCUGGCGGCUUUUCCUCGGCUUCUUCGCGCUGUCGCUGGCGCUGCACGUCCUGACGCUGGGCUGCUACCUGGAGCUGCGCUCCGAGCUCCGCCGCGACCGCGGCCCGCAGCCCGUCGCCCCGCCGCGGCGGGACGGGACGGCGGCAGCGCCGGGCUCCCCGGCCGCCGGUCGGCCGCAGCGGCCCGCCGAGGGAGCGGAGCGGCGCCAGCAGCUGGCCUUGCCAAACUUCUUUCACCCUGAAGAAAAGCUGCAUGUUGGAGAAGAAGGUAGACGCGUCCGUCGAAAUAAAAGGAGUAAAGGCAGCGAAGGGCCAGACGGUCCAAGUUCAGUUAAAAACAAGAAAAAGGGUAAGAAGGCUGGUCCUCCAGGGCCCAACGGUCCCCAAGGACCACCAGGUCCUCCUGGGCCCCAGGGUCCCCCUGGCAUUCCUGGGAUUCCAGGGAUUCCUGGCACAACUGUCAUGGGACCACCUGGCCCCCCUGGCCCACCGGGCCCUCAGGGACCACCUGGACUACAGGGCCCCUCAGGUGCCACGGACAAGGCCGGCUCCAGAGACAUUCAGCCAGCUGUGGUCCACCUUCAAGGCCAAGGCUCAGCAAUCCAAGUGAAGAAUGAUCUUUCAGGUGGAGUCCUCAAUGACUGGUCUCGCAUCACUAUGAACCCCAAGGUGUUUAAGCUGCAUGCCCGCAGUGGGGAGCUGGAGGUACUGGUGGACGGCACAUACUUCAUCUAUAGUCAGGUAGAAGUAUACUACAUAAACUUCACAGAUUUUGCCAGCUAUGAGGUGGUGGUGGAUGAAAAGCCCUUUCUGCAAUGCACUCGGAGUAUUGAGACCGGCAAGACCAACUUCAAUACCUGCUAUACAGCUGGGGUCUGCCUCCUCAAAGCCAGGCAGAAGAUUGCUGUGAAAAUGGUCCAUGCUGACAUCUCCAUCAACAUGAGCAAGCACACAACUUUCUUUGGGGCCAUACGCCUAGGAGAUGCACCAGCAUCCUAGAUGAACUUGGCAUGUCCAAGGAUAAUCACAGAACUGCACAGUGCUGCUGUUCAUAAGCGUAUCAGUAUUUCAGGGGGUUCUGUAAUCCGGCCAUAAAGAAAACUGAUCCAGAGCUAUUUAUUCCUAUAUGUGAAUGCAGGAAGCACAAUUGUCUUCUGUGACUUGCAUGGAGACUUGGAUCAAAAAGCUAGUUGAAAAAGCAUUGUGAGGAAGAAAGGCUGUUGUGUCUGCCUUGUCUCAGUAUUUCAAGUAUUACUGCACUGAUAUUCUGCUCUGUGAUCUUCACACAAGGCUUGUUGAGAGUGGUGUGGGUCUCUGCUUUUAUGUUGCACUAGCAAGAGCAUCCCAGGCAGUAGUGGGAACGUCCAAAUUGUCCUAUCCAGGCACUCCUGCUUCUGCACACUAACGAAAGCAAGAAAAGGGGUUUCUGGUUUUCUGCCUUCCCAGUUUGAACUGGGAAUGGCCACGGGGUGCGAAAGGAGGUGAAUAAGACAGGGUCAGUGGUGUUUACAUUCAUCCUCAGGAGUGCGAGCAAAGAAGGCGAAGUGCCUCUACCUAGAGCUUGGAAGCAGGCUGCAAAAGCAGUAAGUGCAAGAGGAAAAUGAAUACUUAAUAGAGCAGGCUUAGCAGAUAGGAAACUGCCUCCACAUUCCAGAAAUCACAAAGUCCCAAAGAAAAUGCUGAUUACCGGUUCCAGCGCCUCUGCUACUUUCAGCUCCUGCCAUUACCCCAGAGGUAUACCUUGCCCUAACAGGGGCUGCCUUAAAGUACUGCUGCUGUUACAGCAAUUUGUGUUUUGUUGGGGUUCGUUGGGGUUUUUUUGUCUUUUUAAUUAAUAUUUUGCAAACCGGAACACAUUUCUACAGGCUUCACCAGGCCAUGUAGAGCAGACACAAGUACUUGUGAAAACACUCUGAAGAAGUUUGUCAUGUUUAAGAAUAAAAUUAUUCAAACAGGAA